AACAAACCCUAGAAUGAAUAAGUCAUGGAGAUCCUUUUCCUCUCUGACAGUCUAACUCCCCAGGUGCUGAAAGAUGGCCCAGAGAAGAGUGACAUCUAUUGUUCAGGAAGGUUUAUGGGUGGGAUCCACCAGUCCUGCUGAGUAGACUGUGCAUUUCGGUCCAUGAGCAAAAGGUGACCUCUCUCCCCAGAGGAGCAAACCAGGGCCACCUGAGAAGGGGCAAAUGGAAGCUAACAUCCAGUUCAUAAGGAUUAUCCAGGAAAUGCGGGCAGAGAUCAACAAGCUGAAGAAAGAGAAUCAAGUCCUCCAGAUGAAGCUGGCCUCAAGUAGUCAGAGAACCCCAGGCCCCAGCGGAGAAUCGGAAGAUGAAAGGGAAGAGGAAGUCACAGACCUUGGUAACCUCGAAAAAGCAUCUGAAAAAUCUCCAGCAACCCUUCACGGUGGUGUUUCCAUCGAUGCAGCACCAGCUGUGCUUGAACAUCAAGGCAACGUCAUGAUUGUUAGACGCUAUUCCAUCUCCUCACCAAUUCAUUCAUUUGCUGCAAAUGAUCCCUGGAAACCUGAGGAAAGACACCCAAAGAGUGGAAUUCUAGGAACUCAGGGAAGAGUUAAAUCUCUGGCAUGUUCUUCAAUUAAGAAGCAAGACAAUGAAGAAAAUCUGUUUGCAGCAGAUUCUUUAACCAGCACUAGUUCCAACCAAAGAACUUCUCCUGAUCAUGUUUUUGAUAAUGUAACCAGGGACAAGAUAAAGACAGUCAGUUUCCAGUUACCCAUGGACUUGUCUUCAUAUUCCAAAAAUUCAAGUUCUUUGAAGUGUUCACCAAAUCGGACCACAAACGAGCUAAGUACCAUUGCAGAAUAGGCUGCGUGGGGUGAUGAAAUUUAAGAAACAGCUGAUUCCCAAAAAUGAGAACACUUAGGCCCCUCUGGGUCAGUGUCCUCCUCUACAAAGAGCUCUGGAAAGAUUCCCAGUAAGACACACAAAAUGCUUGGCAUCAGGUCAGUGGACUUGUGAAUGGACUUGG